AUGGAGGACGAUUCUCCAGUAAUUUACGGUUUAGAGUUAAAUGUAAGUUAUUGACUUUCUCUUUCAUUUUUAUCGCCUUUCCCCUCCAGUGUUUUAAAAUUUGAACCAUACAGCUCUCUUUUAUUACUUCAUACCACACAUUUAGAUGCCUAAGCGCAUGACUGUCACUGUGUCAGGAUCGAAUUAGCCUCCCACGCAAGCUUUUUAGGGGAACUCGUUUUUCAUCCCGCCCACUCCUGUGGGGAGGGACGAAAAAACAAGCUCCCCUAAAAACGCCUGCGUGGGAGGCUAGGAUCGAAUCCCAGUUUGCUAAAACUGGUAUAGUUAAGAGCAUGAUAUUGUAGUGAUAUUUGGCAUGAAAUACCACGAGUAAUAUUUCGAAAUUGUUAUACGUAAUUUCACGAGCUGUUAGGCGAGUGAAAUUUGAGACAAUUUUGAAAUAUCACGAGUGGUAUUUAUGCCAAAUAUCACGUACAGAUCAUGCUAUUAUUUGUUUAUACUACUACCCGCAAAGGUUUUGUAAUUUUUACAUGUAGGUACAGUAUUUCAAAUUAAGCUGAAAUACCACUGCUCUAAGCCAAUCAAAUUGCAGAAAUUUCUCAUGUAGUAGUAUAAAGACAAAAAUUAAAUAUGCUUAUAAGCUUAAGAGUUUCUUUUAAUAUUAGAAAAAUCAAAUUGGAUAAAAAACAUACCAUAAAAGAUUUAAAAAGUCACCCUUAUAGCCUGCAGUGCAGGCGUUUUCUUCGGGCGCGCAAAUGUUUUGCUCACGAAAGCGCAUGUUGAAACUCAAAAAGGGGGCAGAAAAUGGGGCGAGUCAAAAGGAGCGGGCCUCCCCUCUUUCCUUCUUUAACCCUAGCACCUACCCUUAGGGUUACGGUUUUUACUCUCCCUAGUCUUCAUCCAUCAUAACAAAGAUGGCAGUUACAACAGUACAAACAUAAACAAGCAGCUUUCGCCCUCCAAAAGUACGCUUGCACUGCAGGCUAUCACCCUUAUAGUCAACUCAAGUACCCUUUUAAUAAUGAUGCACUAUUAUGUGUUGAUUUAUAGGCUCGAGCUCUAGUCCCCCAGCAUGCAGAGACAGAUGUGAUUAGGUUUAUUGUUGGCACACAAUCUCUUAAAUUUGAUAACCAGGUGAGAAAUGAAAAAAAUGGUUGUUGUUAUCUUUCAGUUACAUCUACACAUUGGUCUUUUUAAUGACUUGAUUUUUUUUUUUUCAAAUAUUUUCAGAUUCACCUGAUAGACUUUGAUGAUGAAAGCAAUGUUAUAAAUAAAAAUGUUUUCAUGCAUUCUGCAGGAGAAAUAUGGUGAGGACUCACUUUAGUUUGAUAUGAUCGUAGGGAGUCCAGGCUCACAAUUAUAUCCGCCUUGAAGCGAAAUUAUAAGGAUUUGUAUGUGAAUUUAUCAUAUGUUUCAUAAAAGGGUUAAAAUGCUCAUAAAGAGUCAUUAAAAUGUAUAUGUUACUGAUCAAAAACAAAUUCAGGCUAAAAUUGUUUAACCUGGAUUGUUUCUCAAUUUCUUUUGUCCUCUUAUCCUAAUUCAUGAGUGAUUAUGGCUAGGAGACAAAGGAAAUUGAGAAUCAACCUAGGUUAAAAAAUUUGAAGCUGAGUUCAUUUUUGACCUGUAAUAUAUACCUCAUAAAGAGAUGUCUCUGAUCUGUGUCGUUUUCUUUGUGGGCAUUAGAUCAUACAUUUGAAUGCUAUUUUGCGCCUAAUAAAUAAUAAAUUAUUAUUAUUAUUAUUAUUAUUAUUAUUAUUAUUAUUAUUAUUAUUAUAUUACUGUUUCCUGUCCUAAAAGCCAGAACAUCAAAACACACACACAUUAGUGCACUAUGACUUCUAUUUACUGUACAUAAUUUACAACAAUCUUGAUAGUCCACAAUUUGUAAUCAGUUCAGUUCUUAUUUAGAGCUAAAUUUUGAGGCAUUUAUCACUUCAUUAUUGUGAAAACAUGUUGAAGUUGACAGUGAAAGAGUAGACAGUCCUAAGGUUUUUUUAUUCUGUCACUAUAUAUGUAGGUCCAUGAACACAAGUCCAAUUGACAAAAGUAUCCUGGCAACUUGUUAUAACAGAGGUAGGCCCUUGAUUAGCUUUUCCCAAAGAAAUUGAAGGUAUAUAAAAUCUCCUGGGGAAAGAAAGUUUGGGCAGUAGUAUGCUAUUGAAGCCUUCAAACCCUGACACUGUUCAAGACAAAAAUUCUUCAUUUUGUCACCCUUUUGAAGACAAGAGGCCCUUGUUUUAUGACGGUCACCCUAACUUGUUUCAUACAUACAAAAUUAGGAAUUUAUUCAAACUAACAUCACAGAAUUGAAAAAUUAAAAAUUGGUGGUAUCACAAAAUUCUACCAAUAAUCAAUAAGGGAAUCACAUAAACACAAGUAAAAAUUGGGAAAUUAGACAUCUACCCUUUUUUAUAUCCCCACCUGGAGGAUUCACUAUGAGCAUUUCACAUUUUCUUAGUGGUCUUCUUGUCUAUUGCUUGACCCAGUGUCUGAUUCUAAGGCUGAAAUACAAGGAGCUCUUUGGAGAAUUCCCCCUGUUGAUGACACUGAGCCCCCUGGUCUGGAUUCCCCUGGGAUUGUACCUGGUAGCUCAGGGCAUUCAAGAUCUCUUCAACUCAUUUGUACAUUUGAUAACAAGCAGGAAAACAUGAGAAGGUCAGAGUGUGUUCAUUACUUUGUAAUAAAGUCUAUAGUGUAAACACUACUUCAGGGCUCAAAAUAAUUUUCAGAAGGUGGCCUGAUACAUUGACUGGCCAAAGAUUAUCUAUGCUAAACAAGUUCACUAAUAACAGUCUGUAAUCUCAAAACUGUCCUUUACUUGCUCUAUUUAACAAGUGGCUUAAUGAAAGGAUAAUCAUGUUAUAAAGGAAAUAAAGGGAGAUGUAAAGAAUCAACCAUAAGAGUACACAGAAAAAAUCUGAGCCCAGAUGGGAUUCGAACCCACGACCCUCCGUGUUCUAGAUCAGAUGCUCAGUGGCUUAGGUUGGUUGGUUGGAGGCUCCUUCAUGGGUGAAACAUUUCUUGCUAUNAAAAAAAAACACAAAUGUUCCUCGUCUUUAUUUUUAUAGAAUAGAGAGUACGCAGAAGCGUUUUUAUUGGUGGCAAUUGAAAGUUUUCUUUACAAAUUACAACCCUCCUCCAGGGAUAGCUAGUGGUUCUUCAGUUAAAUAGUGAUAAAUGAAACAUUAGAUAUUGAUUAGACACAAAUUUGUGUUUUUUUGAAUACGUGAUGUGAUGCAUCAUAUGAUAUAUCUCAAAAGGAAGGGUGCAUUUAAAGGUCAUAUAAAAAACGGUUUAUUUUUUAAUGGCUUUGUAUUUUUCUUGCACCUUUUGGUGUUACGUUUGUGAAGCACCAUCCAACUUUGAGGAAAAAUAAACACCUCGCACUACAUCCUUGUCUCUUGAGCUUUUACUCUUGUGAAAACAUUGGUCUUACAAAAAAGGAAAUUAGUGGUGAAUGACCAGCCUCCUCAUGCUCAUUUAAGACCUGUAUGUAUUUUCAGUGUGUUGUGGAACCCAUCUGGGGAUGGCAGUCAAGUUGUGACGGUUUGUGAGCAGCAUCUGGAAUUAUGGGACCUUGAUAGAACUGCAUCAACAGCAGAGGUGUGUCUUCAUUGAACUAAAGAACUGCCUUUAUUUACUGUUCAGUAUGACUAUUUUUGUCAUCCCUUAAACGUCUCUCGUUCGUAAGCUGCAUUACAUCUAUCGUAUUUGCAAUCCAGGACGCGCAGAGAAUUUUAAGGUUAACACAUUCCACUGGAAUGAUACAUACCCCAAAUUAUGUAUACUAAUGAAACAAAAGUAAACAUUUACAGUCUUCAUCCGAAAGUGAAAAUCGAUUUUCACGUCGUAAUCAUAGUAGUCGGAAGACCAUGCAGGAAAAAGCAGUCAGCGCCGAAAAAGAAAUUGGAGCAGUCGAAAACCUAACUUUUUCGUAAACUAGAGAUAUGUUAAUUUGUAAAUUCAAAUUAACCUAAAUGAAAUUUAUUUACAACAAUUACAUCACUUCGCAAUUCUGACACAAUAUUGUCAUAUCGUUUGCAAUGCAUUCAGCGGUGGAUUCAGCCGUAACCGCUGACGCAAGAAACAAGCGCAAACAUGUGCAAGCAAGCUUGUUUAAUUCUUACCUUCCUAUAUUGAUAAAUUGAUAACGUAAUGCGAUAGCAAAUCAAACAACCGGUAUCAUCACAUACUCUGAUUACGGUCACUUGAUUAGCGAAAACGUUCGUCAUUUAGACAAACUAACAGACUUAUAAUGCUCCAUACACACUGCAUACACACCAACUAAACAUGUUUAACUGAACAAAGUUUAAAAAAACGAAAAGCACACUCGGAAAACUGGAACACAGGUUUUUUCACCGGCUUGUAAUUAAGUGAAGAAAUAGAAAACUUUGUCAAAGUCAGUAAAGUCAAGAUAAAAGUUUGUUGACAAAACUAUAGCAUCGAAAACCAUAAAGAGAAGCACCUCGCUCAUUGAUUUUUCCAAAGAUACCCUUCCGAGUGUGAGCGCAACUCUCUUUCGCGUGUCGCGUGACCUUGAGCCGCGAGAGGAGAUAUCCACGCUCGCUCACUCAUCUUUCUCUCAGAAAAGCAAGUGACUUAUCUAAGUGUAUUGUUUUCACUACAAAGUCUAUUGACUCAGCUCGACUAGAAGGAAAAGGACAGCCGAAGUUCACCACGGGUCGAUGGAACCCACAUCAUAGUGGUUCACAGAUCGCCACAGCUAAUGACAUGACAAUCCGUGGGUGGGAUGUCAGAACUAUGAGGUCAGUGAUUUGUGGAAAUUUAGCCCUUGCUUUCCUGAUUUUGUUUGUCUGUGUUUUUUUGUUGUUUGUUUUAAAUUGUUUUCUUUUUUCGUUUUGUUUCUUGUUUAUUUUGCCACACAAAAGGGAUAAAAGCUAUGGAAUAGAGUACUUAACUAAAGAGGCAAAUUAAUAGCCUAAAAAAUGAGUUAAACAGCUUGAAUUUCUUGAUUAAAAUGCACCCAAGAGCACACUUUUAAUUUACCCCGUCGUAUGCCACACCCGAGAAGAGGAAGAAAUGAAUAUACUUUUAGGCGUGAUAGGGGUGGGAGGCGAAAACCGCGAACUUUCCCGGCCUCUUGCUUUAUCCCUACAUUUUUUUGAGCAGUGCUUUUUAAUCUAAGAACCAAUCCCACCAUUUGAUUUUAGCGCUAUCGAACGCUUUCGCCCUUACUCGUUAUUAACCCCCUCUUGCCCUUUCACCGUAUGCUCGCUUCUUGUGCAGUCUAGACCAAAUAUAGGAGAUAAAGGUCAAGGGUUAUUUUAAAAAGAACACUGAAUAAUAAUUGUUAUACUACUGCCUCAGAUCUGUAUACACCAUUGAGAAUGCACACAAUCAGCUGGUGCGGGAUUUAGACUUCAACCCAAACAAGCAGUACAUACUGGUCAGCUGUGGUGAUGACUGUAAAGUACGUUUCUGGGACACAAGAAACUCUACCUCUCCCCUGAUGGUGCUACAAGAUCACUCACACUGGUAGAACAGCUUUUCUCCUUAACUAGUCAAACUAAUUCGUCUUGUAUAGGGCUGUCAGUGGUCGUUUGCUGCUGAAAAUGCUGAUGUUACGGUAUCAGAUGAUUCAGAUUAUUGUAUCACACAAUAUUCUACGGAUCUUCCAAAGGCCCAUAAACACAGCCAAAUAAUUGCUGCGUGCGACACUGUAUUCAAACACGUACCGUAAAUAAUCUAACCAGACGCCCUCUCUCAAAUAAAGCGUCUUGCCUGAUAAACGCCCUCCCUACACUUAUAAGUUUGUUACACGUACACACCUCCUGUUUAAUAGAAGUUCCUCAUGACAAUUAUUGCUCAAAAAAAAUUUUCAAUUUAUUCUGCUUCUUGCUUGAUUAAUUAGAGAUUGCAAAUUACAAAGUAAGAAUUCUGACAUCGAAGUUUAGCUUUAAGAAGCCAUAUGGAUCUCUCAAACGGCCUAGACGUAUCAAUGGUUGGACUGGACAGUCUGCUGUUUAUAAACUGUGGUGAUAUAUUCACCGAAAGUGUAAUAGUUUUGUAGAGUUUGUUGCAGUUUUGGAAAUAAACGUCUCGUAUGGUAUCUUACGCCUCCCAUCUGUUAAACGCACCGGGCGUCAGUUAGAUCAUUUACGGUAUGCAGUAGUAAAAUUUUCCUCUUCUACCACAAUAUUGCAUGCAGUAGACUUUCUUUUGUACAACUAAACAUUUCGCAUCAUUUUCAUUUCAGGGUGUGGAGUGUACGAUAUAAUCAUUUCCAUGAUCAGCUGGUUUUGACGUCGAGUAGCGACAGUCGAGUGAUUCUCAAUAACAUUGUGUCUCUGUCUUCAGAACCUUUUGGGCAUCUGGAUGAUGAAGAUGAAGAAGACGGUGCACAAGAAAAAGGGUCAGUUUAAAAAUCCCGCUAUCAUGGGUAGUAGAUGUAGGGGCUGUUUACAUGGAGGUGGGGGACUCCAGGUGGGUGGGGUAAACCGCCUGUCCACAUAAUCUCUCAUUUUAAUAUGAUCACUUUUACAUGAUAAUUGGGUCACCCGCCGCGUGUUACCUCACCUAUCUGAGGUCCCACACCUCCAUGUAAACAGGCCCUUAGAAAUAAUCCUCGGGUGUCGGGAUCCAUUCGUCGGUGGCCCGUAUAAAUCAAAGAAGAGGUUAUCCAUUAAAAAGGUUUGACCUCAAGCUCCCUAACUUUGUUUACAUUGUGCAUGGAUCGCUGGAACGAUGCUUAACAUAUAUUUUUAAAAAUGAGAAGGGAAAAGGCCAUUUGAAGAAUGGCAUCUUUUCACUACUAAGACCAGAAUUCUGUUCUUUCAUAUUUGAAUGUGGUAAUCCCAAUGAGGAUAAAAUAACAAAAGCCUUAAUUUGCACAAAAAAGGCAAAACCCUGAAGGAUUCUCACUGGUAGUAGUAGAAAUAUGACGUCAUCUUGCAAAUAGCUUGUUGUUCACGUUAUGGUUUUCCUUUAAACCGCGCCAGAAGAAAAUAAUGGAAACAAGACUCAGUUAAGCGUUUAUCUGUAUUUUCCCCUUCAGGUCCCGCGAACCCACAAAAGACGGAGUCAUAGCAACGUUCGAUGAACACGAGGACAGCGUGUAUGCUGUGGAAUGGUCUACCGCUGACCCCUGGGUGUUCGCCUCGCUGUCAUAUGAUGGUCGACUGGUUAUAAAUAGGGUGCCCAGAGCGGAGAAGUAUAAGAUACUUCUUUAGCUAAAAUCAUAGGCAACAAUGU